AUGAAUGGAUAAGAAGAUUAACUACUUUAGGCAUUUGACUGGUUAAUAUAUGCUAACUAAAGCAGAAUUCCAAAAAUAUUAGAUUUUGAAUAACAGUUAUUUUAGUUCGAUGUGAAAGACCAAGCUCUCCCUAGUCAUUUUUAGGUUGUGAUUAAUAAUCCAGAAAGAUAAAAUACAUAAUUAUAUCUCAAUAAUCAUUUCACUAGCGUUCACUAUGAAGAAUCUUUUGCAGAUUUAAAAUAUAUUAAAAAAGGGUAAUUAGAACGAAGAAUUUUAAAAGAUAUUUAUGAGCAUGAUGUAGAUUUAAUGGGUUUUUAAUUCGAUUAAAAUUAAGUUGAAUCUGAAAUGUUAGAUAUAGGCUAUAAGCGCGCAUUAGAUGAAGUAGAUUUACACUUAAAAAAUCCUUUUACAACAACUUUUAGCUAUGAUUAUAUGGAUAACGAAUUUACAGGAUUUUAAGACUAAAUGGUGUAGAAUAAUUCAUUUAAGAAUUAUUCAACAGAUCAAUCUUAAGAUAAUACACAACAACAAUAAAAAGGCUAGUAAUUAUUAAACGAAUAUUACAAUCAAGGUAAUGCAAGCUAAGAAAUAAAUGCUUAAUAAGUUUAAGGUUAUUAAUCGCAAAAUAAUAUAGUUGAGGACUUUUAAGUCUUGGGAAAUCAGGUAGAAUAAUACUUAGCUGAACUAAGAUAAAAAUAGCAAAGCAUUAAAAAUAGAAUUAAUAUUCCUUAGCUUUCACUAGAAGAUCUCAUUAAAGUGAAUAAAUUUAGCAGAGUCCUUUCUAUUUUCUAAAAAGCAGGUUAAAAAGAAGCAAAAAAGCACAAAGUUAUUUAAAAAUCUACUGUAGACAUGGACCCAGAAGAGAUUUUCAAACAAUUAAAAAGUGAGUGGGUAGAAGAAUAAAAAGAAGAGGAAGAAUUAAAAUAAUCUUAUGAGCUGUAAAUUUUAGCAAAUUUAGAUUUUGAUGUUAUGAUAGACAAAGUAGAAGAAAAAAUACAAUUUGAGGAAUAGCAACUACUUGAAAAGGUCAAAAAGAUGUAGGAAGAAUUAAAAUCUCAAAGCUUCGAGAUGCAAGAAGACCAAAUUUAUUCUCUAGGAUAGCAAAAUAAAAUGGAAUAAUUUAAUAAAAUUAAAUUGGUGGAUACUUAAGAAAUCAAUGAAAAAAAAUUAUAAUUGUCUUCAUCUUACGAUUGGGCAGUCGAAGAUCAGUUUAAUUUAGCUAAAUUUUAUGAGGAAGUACCCAAAGAAAAAAUGGCGUAAUAAUAUCCUUUUGAGCUCGAUGCUUUCCAAAAGAGGUCAGUUUACAGAAUAGAAAGAAAAGAAAGUGUUUUUGUUUGUGCUCAUACAUCUGCAGGUAAAACAGUAGUUGCUGAAUACGCAAUAGCUAUUUCUAAAAAGCUUAAUAGAAAAGCAAUUUAUACUUCUCCUAUUAAAGCUUUAUCAAACCAAAAGUAUAGAGAUUUUAAGUAAAAAUACGGUGAUGAUGUAGGUCUAGUUACUGGUGAUGUGUAACUCAACCCCAAUGCAAAUUGUUUAAUUGUAACAACAGAAAUUUUGAGAAAUAUGCUCUACAGAAACAACGAUAUAAUUAGAGAUAUUGAAUGGGUUAUAUUUGAUGAAGUUCAUUAUUUAAAUAAUCCUGAGAGAGGUCUGGUUUGGGAAGAAACAAUUAUUAUGCUUCCUGAGACAGUCGGUUUUGUAAUGCUCAGUGCAACAGUUCCGAAUUACAUGGAAUUCGCUAAUUGGGUAGGAAGAACUAAAAAAAGAAAAAUUUAUGUAUAAAAAACUGAUUUUAGACCUGUUCCCUUAGAACAUUCUAUUUAUUUAAAUGGCUCAAUAGAAGUAAUUAAGCAAGGAGACAAUCGUUUUAAUGCCACUGAUUAUGACUAAUUUAAGAACAGAAUUAUAAAAACAUACAUGAAUCAGAAGAAUUAAUUAACUGCAUAAAAGAAAUCAUUAAAGCUUGAAAAGUAUCAAAAAGGAAUUCUAAAAAAUACAAAUACAUCGAUGAGAAACAAAAGAACAAUGAAAGCAAUCACUGAAAAAUUCAUUAAAUCCACUGAUGAAGACGAUUACAAUUCUUCAAGCAGUACAAACGAAGGAUUUAAUUUGAUGUAACUCCUAAUUAAAUGCUAAAAUGAAAACUUACUACCCUGUGUUAUUUUCUGCUUUUCUAAAAGGAAAAUAGACGAAAUAGCAAAUUAAAUUAAAUAACUUAACUUUUGUGAUUAUGAGGAAACUGUAAGAAUAGAAUAUUAUUUCAGGUAGUGUUCCAGAAAGAUUAAGUCAAGAGAUUUAAAUGUGCCUUAAAUACAAACCAUUAAAGAUUUACUUCUUAGAGGUAUAGGUAUCCAUCAUGGUGAUGUUAUUCCUUUCAUGAAAGAAGUUGUUGAAAUUCUUUUCUCACAAAGCCUUAUAAAAGUUCUAAUUGCUACAGAAACAUUUGCUAUGGGUAUUAAUAUGCCUACAAAAACAGUUAUUUUCCACUCUCUUAAAAAGUUUGACUCUUCUGGUGAAAGACUGCUGAAUUCAUCAGAAUUUACUUAAAUGAGUGGUAGAGCAGGUAGAAGAGGUUUAGAUGUAAAGGGAAAUGUUAUAAUUUUUGUUAAUUCAAUUGAGUAGCUUCCAUCUAAAAAUGACUUAAAUAUCAUAAUGGACACUAAGGGAUAAUAUUUGGAAUCUAAAUUUAAAAUCACAUAUGAAACAAUCAUCAACUUGCUUAAUUCUAAUGUACUUAAUGUAAUUGAUAUGAUGAAGAAAAGUUAUUAAGAGAAUCACAAAUAUGCUUAGUUACCAAACAAUAUCAAGAAAAUAAAAGAACUUAAAUUAAAAUAUUUAGAAUUAAAGAAUAUGAAAUGCAAAUUACAACCUCCAGGAAUCGAUGAACUUCCUAUUGAGAAAUACAUAUAAAGUUCUUAAAUUAUGAGAUAAUUAAAUAAAAACUAUUUCUAACAAGUAAAAACAUACAUGGUAGAAAAGAUGGAGCUUCCUUCUUACUGUGUCAUGUACGAUGACGUUUACAAAUUCUAUUUUGGGAUGAUUAUUUAUAUCAAUCUUAAAGAUAAAUACGAAGACAGAUUCCUAUAUGUUUUAUAUGUAGAUAGUAUUGAUGUCCAACAAGGACCUAUUUUUAAUUUCCAAGAAGAUGCAUUCCACUCACAUGUUGUCGAAAAUCACCAUUACUGUGAUGAAUCUAACGACUACAAAGAAUAUACUUACAAAAUAUUUAAGCUGCCCGUUUCUUGCAUUUGUAAGAUAUACGAAGAUGACCCUGGAAUUGAAGAUGGAGAAUUAGAAGAUUAAGAAUAUGUUUAAUCAUGCGUUAAGUUGCUUAUUUCUAAAAAAAAUUAAUUUAAAGAGGUUUUUCUAUCUGAAGAAAUCUCAUCUAAAAAAAUGAAGAGGAAAAAAUUCUUGGAUAUGAAAUUCUAAAACACAACUGACAUAUCAAAAUCUGCACUAAAUAAUAAUUUAGACUCAAUAUAAACUUCACUUUGUCAUUAAUGUGAUAUCAAAGAUUUGCAUAUUAGCCAAGUCUUCGAAAGAAAGUAAAUUAAAACUGAUCUAGAAGAACUUAUUAAAAAAGUAGAUGAAAAUGACUUAAAUCAAAGAACAAGUUUUGAAAGUAAAUUGAAGAUUUUGAAAAGAUUUGGUUAUGUUGAUUUAGUUAACAAACCUACUUUUAAGGCUCGUAUAGCUAAAGAAAUACAAAAUAUUUAUGUCACAGAGGUAAUAUUCUAAGAAUCUCUUGAAUCUUUAGAAGAAUGUGACAUAGCAGCUCUUCUAAGUGGUUUUGUAUGUUAAGCUAAAUCUAAAAGUGCAGUUAAAUAUGACCCAAUAGAUGACUUUAGCCCUUUCUAUCCUAAUUAUGAUAAUUUUAUGGAAUCUUAUCUAGAAAUUAUAUAAUCUGUCAAGGCUGUUAUCUCUUACGAAUGUUAAUUCGGAGUUAUUCAAUGUGGUAAUGAAGAUGACUAUAUGUUUGAUCAAGUUUAUAUAAGAGACUUAAUUGAAGUUGUAUACUAAUGGAUGAAUGGAAUGGAUUUCUAAAAUAUUUGCGAAAUGACAUCUAUAUAAGAAGGUGCUAUAGUAAGAAGCUUCCUUAGACUUGAAAAUUUACUCAAAAAUGUAAGAAAUGGUUAUAUUAUUAUGGGAAAUUAUGCAAUGGGAGUUAAACUAGACAGAUGCAUGGAAAUGCUCAAGAAAGAUAUAAUUUUUUCUAAAAGUUUGUAUUUAGACUAAGACGAUCAUUGA